GUUUGCGAUCAGGUAAAGACAUCACCGUAUACACGUUCGGCGAACCUCGAGUCGGAGACUAUACAUUUGCCAAGAAAUUCAACUCUAUGAUUUCUGAGAGCUACCGUGUUGUGCACUCAAAAGACAUCGUGCCGCAUACACCCUUCUGCAUUCCCGCAAACCUGGAGAGUCUCGAAUGCCGCGAGUCUCCAGAUGGACCAUUCCACCACGGAACGGAGAUAUUGAAACCUCCAGUUUUCCCGAAGAAGCUAACCAGAGACUGCUUUCAACUUCUGAACUUGAGUGACGAUCUAAGCACAUCAGUGGAGUUUGGAAUGCUGGUUACGAAUUUGGAAACCAGAUGUGAUACCU